UCUCUUAUCUGAUCAACAACGAACGAGAAAGGUACGCGUUAGUUACCAUUUCCAAUUGAGUUUCCCGCAAUUCUGUCGUCUUUCUUUCUUUUGUUCAAUUAUUUUGCUGAAGCUUAGUUAGAUUUGUUUCCUUUGUCCACCCUCUCUCCCCAUUGCUUCCUAGUUAUCGAAAUUGUUCUAUGAAUUAAUCUUUAGUAAUACAAGAAAAAUAAAAAAAUCCUGGCUUUCGUUUGUUGUUCCUUCCUUCCUUUCCUUGGUCCUCCCUCUUGUUGCUUAUUGAUUCAUCACUUCAAUUAUUUGUGAAUCUGAAUUCACUCAGUUUCAAAGCACACACACUAGAACAAUAACAAAAAUCGCCCUUUCUUCGAGUCCUUGUCUUUUCAGUAUUCCUUCGUUUAUUCCGUUUGUGGUCCUUCUUAGUCAUCAUCAAAAGAAAAACAGAAUAGACAAAUGGCAGAAAUAUGUAUUUCAGUUGUGGAAAAAUUAGCAGAGUGCACAGUCGCACCUGUUCUGCGACAGUUUGGUUAUCUGAUUAACUACAAGAGCAAUGUUGAAGAUCUCACCGUGAAGGUUACAACUCUGACUUCCAAAAGAGAUGGGGUACAAAAACGUGUGGAAGCAGCAAACAGAAACUUGGAGGCUAUUCUGCCCGAAGUUCAGAACUGGUUGGACCAAGUAAACCAGACCAUACAAGAAAAGGAGACGCGUUUUGAAAAAGGAAGAUUAUCGAAGGCAACAACAUGCUGCAGCUCCAAUGGGUGGUGUCGAAAUCUGAAGGUCCGUCAUUCCUUGAGUAGGAAAGCAACAAAGAUGGCUCCAAAGGUUGAUGUCCUCCUUACAGAAGGAGAUUUCCCCAUAAUAUCAUGUCCUGCUCCUCCGCGGAAGAUUGAAUAUCCAGCCAUACAAUAUUUUGAGGAUUCCACCGAGGCCCCGGCCAAGCCAUAUGAAGGGGCAAUCUCCUCCUUAGGAACAUCUAAUCCUGCUAAACCACCUGCACCUAUGGAUCUCUAUGCGCGUCUACAAUAUAGGUUGCCUUACACAAAGGAUCUCUUGGCGGCUCUGCAAGAUGACAAGAUCAGUAUGAUUGGCAUUUCUGGGACAAUCAGAGAGAUAGAUACAGUAACAACUAAAGAGUUCAUGAAAAGAAUGAAACAAAAAAAGCUCUUUGAAGAGGUUGCCAUGGCAGUUGUGUCCCAGGAUCCAGACUUGAAACGAAUACAAGGUGAAAUUGCAGAAAUGCUAGACCUGAAAUUGGAGAAUGGGAGUUUGGUUGAACGGGCUGAUAGGCUACGUGCUGUAUUAUUGGCAUCCGAUUCUAAGAGGAUUCUUGUAAUACUGACUGAUGUCUGUGGAAUACUUGAUUUGGAUGCAAUUGGAAUUUCUCAUGUUGAUAUCAAGAAAAGCUGCAAGAUCAUGUUGAUUUCACAACUAUCAAACGUAUUUGGUGAAAUGGGGACUCAGAGCAAUUUCAAAUUGUUAUUACAAUCCACUCCCAUAGCAAGACCCGUUGAGUUUGAAUCAAGAAUUUCAAUCAUCAGAGAUGUAAUGGAUGCUCUGACAGACGAUGAAUCCAACCCCAUUGUAAUCUGUGGCAUGGGGGGAAUUGGCAAAACAACCUUGGUGAUGGAAAUUGGUGCAAAAGCGAGUGAAGUAGAUCUAUUUGAUGAUGUUGCUAUUGCAGAGUUUACUCAAGAACCCGACUUGAUCAAAAUCCAAGGUAAAAUUGCUAAUGCUCUAGGUCUGGAACUUAAAGCAGAGGAUGAUAGAGCAGCCAAGUUACGAGAAAGAUUAUCAAUGGGUAUCAAAAAGGUCCUUAUAAUAUUGGACAAUGUUUGGACACAACUAAAUUUGUGGGAAAUAGGGAUUCCAAUUUCCCGUGAUCCAAAAUGUUGUAAACUUCUAGUAUCAUCACGGAACCAAGAUAUCUUCAAAGAGAUGAAAACCAAAAGAAAUUUCCUCAUUGCUGGUUUGUCAAAACAUGAUGCUUGGAGUUUGUUUAAGAAGGUAGCAGGAGGGUCCAUAGAAUUUGAUCUCGAGCUGCGUCCUAUAGCAAAACAGGUUCUGGAUGAAUGUGAUGGCUUACCAGUUGCAAUUUCUACAGUUGGAGGGGCACUACAAGGUGAAAGCAUUCCAAAAUGGAGAAAUGCACUUAGACAACUAAGACAGGCUUGCCCAGAAGACGUUCCAGGAGUCAUAGAGCAUGUGUACGGAAAAAUAGCGUUCAGCUUUGAAUGUCUACCAAGCGAGCAAGCCAAAUCAUGUUUUUUGCUAUGUUGUGCAUUUCCAGAAAGUGAAGAGUUUCCAAUUGAAUGGUUGGUUAUGUUUGGGAUUGGGCUUGGACUUUUUAAAGACAUUGAUUCAAUAUCUGAAGCAAGGGACUACUUAACAACAUUGGUUGACACACUCAAAAAUCGUUCUUUGUUGUUAGAGGACGAUGAGAAAGAUUAUGUUAGAAUGCAUGAUGUGGUGCGUGAUGUAGCCGUGUAUAUAGCCUCCAAAGAGUUGGCACAAAAGAAGAGUGAUAAGCUUGAAAGGAGAUUUAUGUGUAGAGAAGCAGUGGAAUUGAACCAUUUGCUCAAGAGUAGUUCACUGACAACCGGUAUGAGUACUAUUGAGCUUUUAGUGUUGGUACCCACAGAUGGAAUUGAACUGGAGCUGCCGGCCACAAUUUUCGAUGGAAUGGAAAAUCUCAAGGUUUUAGAGAUCUGGAGAUCAAUCCUCCCAUCCCUUUCACUUCUGAAGAAUCUUCAAACGCUCAUUCUAGUGGGUUGCCGUCUCAAUAUUGAUGUCAUUGGAGAGCUACGGUCACUCAUGAUACUCCAUUUACAGGAAUCUGACGUCAAACAGUUGCCUGAUGCAUUCAAAAAUUUAUCUAAUCUGAGGUCGUUAAAUUUGACAGGAUGUACAAAACUUAAAGUAAUCUCACCAGGCGUUCUGUCGAGUUUAUCACAUCUAGAAGAAUUGUACAUGUGGGAUAGCUUUGAAGAUUGGGUGGUUGAGAAACUGGGCUCAACAGAAACAAUCAAUUGGAUCUCUAAAUUGGAGGUUAAUGCCCAACAAGAAGAAGUAGACAUAUUGAAGAAAUUGGGCUCAACAAAAACAAUCUAUUGGAUCUCUCAAUGGGAGGUUGAUGCCCAACCAGAAGAAGUCGACAUAUGGAAGAAACUCAACAGGUUGGCAGUUGAGAAACUAGCCUCAACAGAAACAACAACUGAUCAGGAGGAUGAUGAUGAGGAUGCAGAUAGUAGCGAAUUAGAGGAACUCGACAACCUUGGAGAUCUGUUUGCAGGGUAUGUUCGAGAUUUAGAAGGAGACUACGACGAUCUCACAAGGUGGGCCAACUCUAUGGACUGGAGAGUUGGAUUACUUUCAGAGCUACUUUCCUUGUCCCGUUUGACUACUUUAGAAGUGGUUUUACCACCAAUUGAGAUUCUGCGAACCAGUAAGCUAUUUCAUAAGCUUGAAAGAUUUAAGAUCUCUAUUGGAUGGGAUGAGCAUGAAGACUUGGAGGACUUAGAGGGUAACUACUUGAGAGUUUAUAGUCUUGAUGGAAGCUCUCUUGCGGAUACUGAAAUCAGUUUGUUGUUGAGGAAAACUAACAAACUUGAGUUAAAAAUGAAGAAUUUGAGAGACCCUCUCAAUGUCUUAGAUGUAAACUGCUGUGCAAACUUGGAGUCACUUGCCCUCAAAGACUGUGAUUCUCUGGAAUAUCUGAUUGACAUGACUGUUAAACAAGAUACUCCACGAAGCGUCUUUCCUGCAUUGAAUUAUCUAGAAAUCGAUGGAGCAAGGAGACUGAAAGAGAUUUUUCAUGGUGACCUGCCACUGGGGUCGCUUCAGAAACUAGAAACGUUAGAUUUACAGAAUCUACCAGCAUUGACGACUAUUUGGACUAUUAGAAGCCAAUCUAGAUGGUUGGGAGAUCUGGCAAUUGUCAAUCGCAUAUCAAUAAGCAAUUGCCAGUCAUUGGAAGCAAUUUUUACCUUGGAACGAUUGGGACAUCAUGUCAAAGAGAUCAACUUCCUUAGUUUGACAGGGUUGAAACUUGAAGGUCUACCAAGCUUCACUGGAGUGAGCAAAAGUACUUGUACGGGGAUGGAAAAGCAACUGCAAGUCAGCAGUCUCUGUCCCAAAAGUUUGACCGUUGAACAUUCACUUUUCUCUGACCCUAAGGUUGUCUUUCCCGUCUUGAGAGAUCUGAACAUUCAAGGCCUAGGCAACUUGAAAGAGAUAUGGAAUAACCAACUUUCACCCAACUCCUUCUCUGAAUUAAGAAAGCUCACUGUCGAGGAUUGUCACAGACUAUUGCAUUUGGGACCAACACAAAUGCAAAAUAGAUUGCAGAGAUUGGAGACCAUACGGGUAAAGAACUGUUCUUCACUGGAAGAGAUUUUUGAAGUCGGAAGAUUGACCAUUAAUGAAGGGAAUGCUUCAAUUUCUCAGUCAGACAAAAUAUCUUCAAAUAUUUCCCAACCAGAUCAAGGGAUGCAAAUAAAUGAUAUCAUGGAUUUUGAACAAUCUUGUCAAGGCUUUCAAAAUUUAACUAAACUAGAUGUCAGUUGGUGUCGCAGUUUGAGAUACCUGCUCACUCCUUCGAUUGCCAGAGGUCUUGUCAAGCUCAAAAGUCUAGAGAUAAGAUUUUGCAAGAAGAUCGAAACAAUAGUCGCAGCAGAUGAGGGUGAAGAAACAGAGGAUGAAAGCAUGCUCCCUCAGCUGUCUUCUUUGAUUCUUUUGGAUCUACCAAAUCUUGGAAGCUUUUCGCAAGGCAAAUAUACUUUUGAUUGGCCACUAGUGGAAAAGAUCAUCAUUUACGAUUGCAUCAAUAUGAACAACUUUUGUUCAGGAUCCCUCAAGAUCCCAUGGGAAGUGAGCAUAGAUGUAUCUAAUUCUGGUGAGAAUCUUGAGCAGGAGUUGAGCUGAAUGAUAGCAAGAAAGAAAGCUGAUCAGAUUUGGACGCAGUGCAUUUAUGCUCGUGGAGAAGUUAAUCCAGGAGUGGCUUGGUACAGGUCGGUUGGGAUGUACGUUGUUUGUGUCUGCCGCAUUUUCUGCUCGAGCUGACUUCAGCAUGGGGAGUGGUGGCGACAAACACUUCUUUAAUCUAGUUGUGUGAUAAAUAGAAAAAGAAAAAAUGAAAAAAAGGACUGUUAGUUUAUCUUGAUCUCUUUUUAUAACUCAAAAACCAACUAGUUUUUGUUGACAAAACAUUAGAAUAGAGCACAAGCACUUCUUACAAAGGAAAGCAAAUAUUAAACUGUAUACAAUCAUUGUCAAAAAGAAAAAAGAAAAAAGAAAAAAAAGAGAUAGUACAGAUUGUGCAUGGUUUCAAGAAGGAUACAUAUAUAGACAGCUGCAAAGUAUUAUAUGUACAUUAAUACAUGUUUCCAUAAGCCACAUUACAUCAAUUUCUUGUUCAUGAUUUGUACUCGUAGCUUCCUUGACUUGCUGCCAUUACAUU